UCUCCAAAAGAAUCGCACAGCGCAUGACACAAAAUCUGCAUUGUAACUUCCCAUAGCUCACCAAACCAAGAGGAAUAAUGGGUCAGCGACAGUCAGGAGGAACUGGAGGGCAGGGGAAUGAUAAAGGAGAUGAUAAAGAUAAGAAAAGAAAAUAUGAGCCACCUGUUCCUACCCGGGUAGGUAAAAGAAAGAAGAGAUCCAAGGGACCAGAUGCAGCAACAAAAUUACCCCAAGUGACUCCAUAUACUAGAUGUCGUCUCAAGAUGUUAAAGUUGGAAAGGAUUAAGGAUUAUUUACUUAUGGAAGAAGAGUUUAUUAAAAACCAGGAAAGAUUAAAACCCCAAGAAGAAAAACAUGAGGAAGAGAGAAGUAAAGUUGAUGAGCUACGUGGGUCUCCUAUGUCUGUAGGGAACUUAGAAGAAAUAAUUGAUGACAACCAUGCUAUAGUCUCCACAUCAGUAGGCAGUGAACAUUAUGUCAGUAUAUUGUCAUUUGUAGACAAAGACCAGCUUGAACCAGGUUGUUCUGUGUUGCUUAAUCAUAAGGUUCAUGCAGUAGUAGGUGUGUUAGGGGAUGAUACUGACCCAAUGGUAACCGUUAUGAAAUUAGAAAAAGCUCCUCAAGAAACAUAUGCUGAUAUUGGAGGUUUAGAUAAUCAAAUACAGGAAAUAAAGGAAUCUGUAGAGCUACCUCUCACUCACCCUGAAUACUAUGAGGAGAUGGGAAUCAAACCACCCAAAGGAGUUAUUCUGUAUGGGCCACCAGGAACAGGUAAAACACUUCUAGCCAAAGCUGUGGCCAACCAGACGUCUGCUACUUUUCUGAGAGUAGUUGGUUCUGAACUUAUUCAAAAAUAUUUGGGUGAUGGCCCAAAACUAGUAAGAGAGCUGUUUCGCGUAGCUGAGGAGCAUGCACCUUCUAUUGUAUUUAUUGAUGAAAUUGAUGCUGUUGGUACAAAAAGGUAUGAAUCUAACUCUGGUGGUGAAAGAGAGAUUCAGAGAACUAUGUUAGAGCUGCUUAACCAGUUGGAUGGGUUUGAUUCUCGUGGAGACGUCAAGGUUGUCAUGGCAACAAACAGAAUAGAGACAUUGGAUCCUGCUCUGAUUCGCCCAGGACGAAUAGACAGGAAAAUAGAGUUCCCUCUUCCUGAUGAAAAAACAAAGAGGCGCAUAUUCACAAUCCACACAAGUCGUAUGACCUUGGCUGAAGAUGUCAACAUUGAAGACUAUGUCAUGUCCAAGGAUGACCUGUCUGGGGCUGAUAUUAAGGCUAUUUGUACUGAGGCUGGCUUGUUGGCUUUAAGAGAACGUCGAAUGAAAGUCAUGAAUGAAGACUUCAAAAAGGCCAAAGAAAACGUUUUGUACAGGAAGAAUGAGGGUACACCAGAAGGAUUGUAUUUAUAAUUUUGCAGCUAUUUUCUUUAAUUUUAAACGUUUGAAUGUGUUUAAAUUCAGUGAUUUGUAUGGAAAUUGUCAUCUCCUUUAUUAUAGAGCUAUUAUAGGACGAUUUUUGCCAUGCUUACAGAAAAUUCUGUUACAAGUCACAUAACUUAAAUUGAAGUUACAAAUAAAAUAUUGGUUGUUUACUU